CUCAAGCCAAACCCAAGGAAUGGAGUGAAGACCGAGCCGGCGGCCACUAAAGACCCGACCACCUCGGAUGACCGCCACGAGCCUCUCUCUCUCUCUCUCUCUCUCUCUCUCGACAGAACACAACUCACUCGACACAACAACUCCAACUCACUCCCCAGUAGAUAUUUCUCCGCUCUCACUUCCUCUUCCUCCUCCUGCAAAACCCUAGCCCUCGAUCUCACCUUCCCCCCCAACUUCCUCUCCCUCUCCCUCUAUCUAAUCCCUCUCGCUCCCUCUCUGCCUCCGUUUCACUGGAUCGCGUCCCCGAUCGAGCUCUCUCGUUCGCCGCCGCGCCGUGUCUUUGUUUUCUCCGCCGGGAGCUGAGGAUCCGCCUGUCGCCUCCUUUUUGUUGUGAAUUAUCGGGUUUUAAAAGGGUCCGACAAGGCUGGCGGGCCAACGGGCCAGAUAAAUGGCGGAUCCGCCGUGCAUCCGCCGGUAUAGAGCAGCCUCUUCUUCCGCUCCCGAGUAUACAGAGCUACGCAGCUGUGACGAUUUCAAGAAGUGAAGUAUGCUGAGCGUGCUCCGCGUGCACCUGCCCUCGGACAUACCAAUUGUAGGCUGUGAGCUGACGCCGUACGUUCUCUUGCGUCGCCCCGACAAGUCCCUCACCAGCGACGAUGUACCCGAGUCUGCCCCCCUUGACGGGCACUUCUUGAGAUACAAGUGGUAUAGGAUACAGAGCGAUAGGAAAGUUGCCGUUUGUAGCGUACACCCGACUGAGCAAGCCACGUUGCAGUGCUUAGGUUGUCUGAAGGCGAAAAUCCCUGUGGCCAAGAGCUAUCACUGUUCUCCUAAGUGUUUCUCUGACGCGUGGCAACACCAUCGGAUCCUUCAUGAUCGAGCUGCUAGUGCCGUGAAUGAAAAUGGAAACGAGGAUGAGGAGUUAUAUGGACGGUUCAACAGCUCCGGUUCUGGAGUCUCAAACACUAGUUUGUCAGGUUCUCUAUCUGGUCCUGGUUUGUCAAAUGGUUCAGCACCUUUAUACCCAGGACCCGCAGCUACACAAAGGAGUGGGGGCGAGACUUGGUUUGAAGUUGGGCGCUCGAAAACUUACACACCAACCGCUGAAGAUAUCGGCCAUGCUCUUAAGUUUGAGUGCGUGGUAGUUGAUUCAGAGACGAAGCUUCCCGUUGGGCAAGCAAAUACUGUACUAACUUCCCGGGUCAUUCCAGCUCCUUCGCCCACUCCUCGUCGAUUGAUUCCAGUGAGCGGAGUGGAUCUAACAGGGCAUUUAGAUUCAGAAGCCCGCGUUUCCUCUGGUACAUUUACUGUUCUCUCGUACAACAUCUUAGCUGAUAUGCAUGCUUCAAGUGAGUUGUACAGCUAUUGCCCUUCGUGGGCUCUUUCCUGGCCUUAUCGGAAGCAGAAUCUUCUGCGGGAAAUUGUCGGUUACCGUGCAGAUAUUAUUUGUCUUCAAGAGGUUCAAAGUGAUCAUUUUGAGGAAUUUUUUGCACCCGAGCUGGACAAACAUGGUUAUGAAGCAUUAUUCAAGAGAAGAACUAAUGAGGUUUAUGCUGGGAAUAUGAGUAUAAUAGAUGGGUGUGCAACAUUCUUUCGCCGAGACAGAUUUUCCCAUGUGAAGAAAUAUGAGGUUGAAUUUAACAAGGCUGCUCAGUCAUUGACAGAUGCCUUACUCCCUAGUAACCAGAAGAAAACUGCUCUAAACCGAUUGGUUAAGGAUAAUGUUGCUCUUAUAGCUGUUCUUGAAGCAAAAUUUGGAGGAGACAUUCCUGGACGGCGACAGCUUCUUUCUGUGGCUAAUACUCAUGUUAACGUGCCUCAUGAUCUCAAAGACGUCAAAUUGUGGCAGGUCCACACUCUUUUGAAAGGACUAGAAAAAAUAGCUGCCAGUGCCGACAUUCCAAUGCUGGUCUGUGGAGAUUUCAGCUCACUUCCAGGAAGUGCGCCUCAUUCUCUCCUUGCCAUGGGAAAGGUGGACCCAUCUCAUCCCGACUUAAUGGUCGACCCUCUAGGAAUCCUGCGUCCUCCUGGAAAAUUAAAUCAUCAACUGCCCCUGGUCAGCGCGUACUCCUCCUUUGCAAGGAUGAAUGCAGCUCCUGGCUUGGAAAAGCAGAGGAGGAGAAUGGAUACUUCGACAAAUGAGCCCUUGUUCACUAACUGUACUCGAGAUUUUAUCGGCACCCUGGAUUACAUAUUUUACUCAGCGGACUCAUUAACUGUGGAGGGUCUGCUGGAGCUCUUGGAUGAGGAUAGCUUGAGGAAAGACACUGCGCUUCCUUCUCCGGAGUGGUCCUCCGAUCACAUAGCACUUCUAGCCGAAUUCCGCUGCAAGACUUCGAGACCCCGACGAUGACCCCUGUUCUGCUAGCAAGUUUUUCCCCGAAGAAACACAUAUUAAGAGGAAUCGGAGAUAGGGAUGAGCUGCCGAUCCAUGGAUAGAGGAGUGGAAGACUUGCUGUGAUUUGCUCUGUAUCAUUGCAUAUAGAAAUCAUGAUUGAAAGCCCAUAUUGCAAAGCCCCCCUUUCUUACUUUUUUUGUUUUUCAGUUUCGUCUUAGGAAUUGGUCCUUUUGAAUUUUCAGUGCCGCAAUCAAAUACAAGUCCGUCAAUUGGCCGUAGCCUGUAGUCAUCUAACUCCUUGUCAAAAGAAAUUUCCAAUACAUGCUAUCGCCCUUUCCGACAACAUCGGGAACUUUAUAUCUUCA